AGUGCUCGGUAUCAUUAUCGCGGAUGAGCUUGCGCUUGUGAAAAACUUAAAAAUUUACCAUUUCAAUCAUUUUCAGAGUUUGAAAAACAAUAUCAAGCUGGUCACACACUCUCUCUCUCCGUCUUUUCAUCAGUAAUACUCACACAAUUAUUAGAGGUCUAUCUGUUAUUUCAGACGGUCUGAGCUGAGUCGGCUUGCAUUUCAACAGCAACCCGCCAUGUGCUUGUGAUUCCGUGACGUCAUGGUUGGGCAUGAAUAUUCAUAAACUUUUAAAAAUGGCGAAGCACGUGUGCCUUCAAGUUUUUGCUGGCUGCUAUGAAAGGACCACUUUCGGAUACGAUUUGUUGGAAAAUGAAGCGGAGGAUGGUUCCCCGGAAUUUGCCUUCAAAGCGAGCUUCACAAACAAUGCCCAUACUGGAUGCAUCAAGGCACUUGCAGCAAGCAGCCGUCACCUAGCCUCGGGGAGCACAGAUGAAAUCAUCAAUCUUUAUGAUCUAGAGGAGAAUGUGGAACUAGGAUCUCUUCUACAACACAAUGGCUCUGUGGCAUCGCUCAGUUUUCAUGAAGACAGUCACAUGAUUAGCAGUGGAGAAGACGGCGUAAUUUGCAUAUGGGGCACUAAAACGUGGGAAUGUAUGAAGAUUCUCAAAGGCCACAAGGAUGCCAUAAAUUCAGUAGCCGUCCAUCCUUCUGGCAAGCUUGCCCUCUCGGUCAGCAAAGACAAGACGUUACGAACAUGGAACUUACUGAAAGGCAGGGCAGCUUAUACCACCAAUAUCAAGAAAGUGUCGGACAUUGUGCUAUGGUCCCCCGAUGGCCAGUUAUAUGCGGUCAUCACCAACGAUCUUGUCGAGAUUUAUGACAUCACUACUGCUUCGAUUUGCUGCUCGUGCAAAAGCAAUGUCAAGAUAUUAUCAGCAUGUUUUCUUACAGACCGAGUUCUGGUCACUGCAGGCGAAGGGGAAAUGAUAUCACUUCUCAAAGUGAAUGAAAAGAAAACCAAGUUGUCUCAGCUGACAGAGUUCAAAGCUCACAAAAAGAGAAUAAAGUCUUUGAAAUGUGUGAAUGCUAAAGGGAGUCAAUCAAACCAGACUGAGAAGUGGCUUCUGUCAGCAUCCAGUGAUGGUUUUCUCAAAAUAUGGUGUAUAGAUACUGAAAAGAUCACAGAUUAUCCAGUCUUACUCUCAGAGGUAAAUACCAAGGCUCGACUGACAUGCUUAGCAAUAAGAAAGGCGCCCUCUGCAGUUGAUGGAGAGAAAGACGCGACGCAGGAAGCAACAAAACGCUCCACAGAAAGCAAAUCUGAUGACUCUGUGGUCAAGAAGAAGAAAAAGAAGAGUAAACCUUGAUAAACCAUGCUUUUCCUGGAUCCCCAUACGUAGAAAUAUCUCUUAUUUACAAUAUCAGAUAACCUAUCGGAGCUAAAGUCACUAAUAUUGUGUCCAUCAUACACAUUUGUGUGGUUAGUUGGACAAUGAAACAUGCCGACAAUGAUUUGUGUCCAGAUAUACUUGUAUGGUCUACUCAAAUGGUGAUAGGUCCAACAAUUUUCAGAUUCCAGCAUCUUAAAAGGGAAGUUCACCCUGAAGAAAACUUUGUUGUAAAAAUAGCAGAAAAAAUAAUACAAAGUAUUGGUGUUUGAGGAAAAUCCCAUUAAAGAUUAAGAAAGUUAUUAGAAUUGUCAGGUUUGGAUUUUUGACGUCAUAAUCGAGCAGCUGCCCCAUAUGUUAUGUAAUAUAAUAUGCAUAAAUCUCAAAUUUUAAAUGGUUCAUAAUUAGUUAUGUUUGUUUUCUUUUUAGGAAAGGGUGUGAAAUGAUUUGUCUAGUGAUAUACUGAGGGUAGAGUAAUUACUCUCACUCCUGGAGAGGGGGGGGGGGGGGGGGUCACAAAGGUUCAAGUGCAUCUUAUACUUAGAGUCACACUUAAAUUCUCAGUUAUGUGUGCUUUAUUUAGCAUAUCACUACAUUAGUCAACUCCUGCUUAGAGGAAGCACUAUUCUGCAUUAUAAAUCAAUCGGGGCCCCGUCUUACAGAGUUACGAUUGAUCGGAUCGCGCAACUAUGGACGGCCAGAUCUAUUAUGCAUGUUUGUUCAAAAUAUUGAUGUAUAUUCAUGCAUUCAUUGUUUUCUUGAAAAUUCACUGCGCUUCUCUUUGCAUACAAAGGACAUUGUGCACAUUUCCUGUAGAAAAAAUUAUGACACUGAUGGAUUUCCAUAGUUACGAUUGAUUGGAUCAAUCGUAACUCUUUGUAAGACGGGGCCCAGAUUACGUGUUUAAUAUCAUGUGCGUGUUAGAAUUUAAGCAGGACUCUUUGUGAAACACCCCGGAUGAUGAACAUUUGCACUGCUCUGAACAAAAAGCAUUCUCAUCUCAUCAUCUCUUCAAGCUGUCAUACAUUACUUCUUGUAUCUCUAUUAUUCCACUUUGUUCUCAUACAAAAACUUGAUUCACCAACACUUCUCAAGAUGGUAAAUUGCGAUUAGGUCCAAGCCCACUUAGGGGGUGUUGCAAGAAAAUAUUUGCGAUCAAUCGCAAAUAUUCUGUUGCAAUUUUACAACUGAUAGAUCAACGUUAGCUGUAGCAAAUCAGAUUAAACGUCUUGUUUCAAGGAGCAAAUUAGCAAUCAAUCACUAAUGGGCAAUUAACUGCAAGACAUAUGAUUGAUUUAGGGACCAAAAAUAGACUUGCAAUUGAUCGCAAGCUUCUUGCAACACCCCAUUAGUCCACUUUUCACCUGCCCUCAUCCCAUGUGGUCCAAUCCUAGAUUGCCUACAACUAUAUUGUAACCGUUAAGACGAACUGGGUUCCUUAACACAAAGAUUAGCGAUCAAUCGCUAAAUGAACUGACUAAUCAAGAUCAAUGUUACAUGCGCAUUUGGCGCAAAAUACUGACCAGGAACCAAUCAGAAGUUUUCUUUCAUAUUAGCUUUUCAUCGCUAAUCUUUAUGUUACGGGGCUCAGGUUGUAAAUGUACUAGGAUUAGACCAUGUGGGACGAGACUAAAUGGGACAAACACCACUUGGCCUAUAUUGUAUGGUGAAUGGCCAAAAUGGCUAUAUGACAAAAUGUGUAGUAGGCAAACAGCUUGUAGAUGAGCUAGGACUAGACCAUAUGGAAUGAGACUUAUGAGGUGUUGCGAGAAACUUUCGAUCAAUUGCAAGACAAAGUCUAUUUUCAGUUUCUAAAUCAAUUAUAAGUCUUGAAAGUAAUUGCAAAUUUGGGAUUGAUUGCUAAUCUGCUUCAUGAAGCAAGGAGUGUACUCUGAUUUGCUAGUUGAAAUUGAACUAUCAAUUGUAAAAUUGCAACAGAAUAUUAGCAAUUGAUUGCAAAUAUUUUCUUGCAACACCCCCUAAGCGUGAAGUAGCCAAAGAAGGGGUAGACCAAGUGGCAAUUAACAAAGGUUUAUUUUCAUUUUCAUCUAAUAACCAGUUGGUCCAAUAGCCAUUUAGUCCAUAUAGCAUUUGGUCUAAUUGAAUAAGUGUUAAUUGGGCAAAGUGAAUGAAAAGAAAAUGGUUAUUAGAACAACUGGGUAUGAGACGACAUGGUCAGACGAUGUGGUGAUUAGACAAAGUGAUGAUUGGACCAAAUGGUUAGACGAAGUGAUGAUUGGACCAAAUAGUUGUUAGACGAAAUGUUGGACGGAAUGGCAUUAGACUAAAUGAAGGUAGACCAUGUGGUGAGUGGUAGUAGAUGAAUUGGCAAUUUACCAUUCAAGAAUGCAUGGGCGUUGUUGCAAGUGCCUGUAAUGACUAAUCCAAGCUAGUUACAGAUUGACGCAAAGGUUUGAGGUUCAAGCCCUGGUCAAGUCUUUCGGAUGGUGACGUUAAACGUAGGUCCCAGACAGAAAUAAUCAUAUUUGAUUGAUACACGUCUGACAAAACUCAAAUACACACACACGCAUGUCACAGCUGGAUAUAUUCACAAGAGAAAUUAUUUGAUUUAUAAUCUGUAAAGUUUUAUUUACAGUUUGAAACUAUAGAGCGUACAGAUGCAUCAUUGAUCAUAUGUAUAACUUAUUUCACUGGAUAAAUAUAAAACAUACAUUCAUCAUGUUUUUAAAAACAUGAGAUGGAUUUAAACAUUUUGUAGCCCAACACUAACACUACUUUUAAUCAAGAAAAUCAUUAAAAUUGUGGAUAUGCAAAUCAAGAUAAUUUCUGAAAAAUUAAAUACACUUGUCACCUAAUUUUUAUCUCGGAAGUCCAUUUUACAGUACUGGGUUAACCUGAAAUUUGUUUAUAUGGUAAUCAAAGGGCAGAUAUAUUCAGAUUUUGCUUAUUUUGUGUAAUAUGAUGUAUCGAAACAAACAUUCGAUGUGGUUUUUAUAACUUAUUUGUUUUAACAAAUGCAAUGAAAAUGAUUUUGUUAAAACAAUUCUAAUUUUUAGAAAAAACUGUUUACAUUAUGUGUAUUACACAUUCAAACUUAUCUUUAAUGAAAGGAUAUUGCCCAGGAAUGAAAAAAAAAUUAUCUGUACAUGUACCUGUGUUCUUUUAUAAUUUUUCCAAAAUAAAUGAUGCCGCCAUGUACCUGCAUUAUGCAAGC